GUCCUGUCCAGUUGGAGACAUGGCGCAGCUGUACUGUUGGGGAGACAGCUCCAGUGGACAGUUCGGUCCAGAGACAGCCCUCAGUCCGGUGUCCUGGACUGUCCCCGGGGUUAUAACCGACAUCUCCUGCGGGGAACAGCACACUUUAUUCCUCACCAAGGAUGGAAGCGUUUUAUCAUGUGGACACAACUCACAGGGACAACUCGGACGAAGGAAAUGUAAAGAUGGAAGGACACCAGGUCGUGUGGAGGGACUAGGUAAUGUGGUGUCCAUGGCUUGUGGUCAGGACCACUGUCUGGCUUUGUGUGCAUCAGGACACGUGUUCUCCUGGGGCGCAGAAAAUAAUGGACAGCUAGGCAUGUUACCGCAUCUGCUGUGUAACCAUCAGAGACCAAGUCGUGUGCCUAUACCACAAAUGCCAGUAGCAGUGAUUCAAGUUGCUUGUGGAAACUCCCACUCCCUGGCACUAACUAAAGGAGGCGAUGUCUUCUCAUGGGGUUUGAACAGUCAUGGUCAGCUGGGCCUGGGGAAGGAGGUGUCACUGCAGCAUACACCUGUCUUGGUGACAGCUCUGACCGGCGUAGCAGUGACCCAGAUUGCGGCCGGGGCAACCCACACUCUGUUCCUCACACUUCCAGGCCUGGUGUACUGCUGUGGGGCCAAUAAAUCUGGCCAGCUGGGACUCAACAGGGUGGAUGAGAGGGGCAGGUUCAACAUCUGUGUGGUGCCUGCCCUCAGACCUCUGGGUGUCUCCUUCAUAAGUUGUGGCGAGGCACACACUGCUGUGUUAACAAAGGAUGGCAAGGUUUUCACUUUUGGGGAGGGACGCCACGGUCAGCUCGGUCAUAACUCCUCUGCCGAUGAAGUGAAACCCAGACUGGUCGAUGGUCUGGAUGGACCUGCCUCACAGAUUUCCUGUGGCAGACGUCACACUCUGGUUUUGGGCUCCUCUGGCCAGCUGUGGGCUUUUGGCAAUGGGGUCAAAGGUCAAAUUGGGACUGGACGACCAGAGGACAGUCUGGCUCCCACUCUGGUGCAACUUCCAUGGACCACUGAUAGUGAAGCAUCCAUACCCAAAGACUUGAAAAUAUCGGCUGGGUGGAAUUCAAACUUCACUUACACUUCACCUACACAGAGCUCGGACCGAGGACAGAUAACUGGACGGCUUGAGGAGGAAAAACUACAAAAAUGGCUGUCAAUGACAUACGGCAACGCAGAGGCAAAGAGAGAAAUAUAUUUGAUGUUUUUCACAAGUUCAAGUCUUGUUGCAAGUUUCACGAAGGCCAAUGGGCCUCUUACAGAAGCAGGUGCCUUAACUGUGGACCUUGAGGCAGCUGGCCGAGCUUUCGACAAGCUGCUUGCAAUACCAUGGAUCAAACAAUCAGUAAACCUUACUGUCCUGAUUGACUUGCUUGACGCUUCAAGAAGUUCCCUAAAAUCACCGGAGGUCUUUCUGAUUCUGCUGAUGUGUCCUCUUCUCCAAGAGGACUCUAAUGUCAUGAACAUUGUGUUGCCAUUGGCUGUCCUUAUCGCAGAUCUGAAUGAGAAGAAUCGGGCAACACUAAAAGGCUGGUGGUCUUCCCUGACACCCUCCGUACUAACCAGGCAUAUCUUGGUGUUCAAAAACGCACUGGCCUUCAUGCUAAAGAAUGGCCUCCUAAAAACUCACAACCCGGGAGUGAAAUACCUGCUGGAAGUCCUCAAGCUGCUCUACAAAGCAAACAAAGCUGGAAAGUCCUACAAAGUCCCGCUGAGCACCUUUUACGUAGAAGAAAUCAGCCAUAAUGUGGAGCCUGCCGUGGAUGUCACACUUUGGUGGGAAUUUUCUAAAGUGGAGGAUGACGUCAACACCCCCGCUAUUUUCUGCCGCUACCCAUUCCUGUUCACUCUGGUUUGCAAGGUGGCAGUCUUUAACAUCUUUGCAGUGAUUAUGAAGAGAGCACAACAUCUCAUUCAUGAAUGGGCUUUGGCGUUGCCUGAUGAAUCCCUGCUAGGUGCUGCAGACUCUGCCCCGGCUCCAGUCUUCCAGCUAACUCUGAGACGAACUCACCUUGUCGAGGACACCUUCAGGCAGCUUGCCGCAGCUGACCACUGCGCCUUCAAAAGGGAGCUUUUGGUGCAAUUUGUGGACGACAGAAAAGUGAUGAAUGUCAACAAAAGGGACCUCUUCCUGCAUGUGUUCGAUGAGCUGAUAGCUCCCAAGUCUGAAAUGUUCAUUUACAACGAGAGUCAGACACUAGCCUGGUUCCCUCCAAAGCCAAAAGUUGAGGAGAAGACUUACUUCCUGUUUGGCAUUCUGUGUGGCCUGGCUCUCUACAACCACAACAUUGUCCACCUGCCCUGCCCAUUGGUUCUCUUCAAGAAGCUGCUUAGCAUCAGACCCUCACUGGAUGACAUGAGGGAGUUUGAACCUGUAGUCGGAGAGUCUUUGCGGUUAUUGAUAGAGGACUACACUUCAGAAGUAGUUGAAAACCUGGAGACUACAUUCGCUGUGAGCUGGGGUGGUGAGACAGUUGAACUUGAUCCAACAGAACCUGGAAAACUUGUAACGUGGUCAAACAGGAAAGAUUUCAUAGCUGCCUUUGUCAACUAUGUCUUCAACAAAUCGGUGGAGGGAGUGUUUGGUGCAUUCAAGAGAGGGUUCUUCAAGGUGUGUGACAUCGACGUGGUGGAGUUCUUCCAGCCGGAGGAGUUGCAAGCAGUGAUGGUGGGCCAAGAAAACUACGACUGGGAUGUGUUCAAACAGAACACAGUUUAUGAAGGAGACUACCAUGCUGAGCAUCCAAACAUCGUUACCUUCUGGGAGGUGUUUGAGAAACUGACCGCAGAGGAAAAGAAAAAAUUCCUUUUGUUCCUGACCGGCUGCGACCGUGUUCCCUUCCUGGGUAUGGAGAGCAUCAAGAUGAGAGUCGCUGUCCUGCCCGAUUCCACUGACCUCCACUUGCCAGAAUCCCUGACCUGUCAUUGCCUGUUAUUACUGCCCAUCUACCAGAGAUACCCAGUCGAGAGGACGAUGCACACCAGGCUUCAUCAGGCUAUCAAUCACAACAGAGGCUUCUGGAAAGAAGACCAUGCAGGCUGAAGUCACAACGAGUGCUUAUUUAAAAACACUCCAUUGUUUCCAGUUAGUUUUGUUAGUAUAAUCUACCAAAUGUAAUGCAUUCUUCUAAAUGUAGACACUGCUAUAUAAUUGUCAUAAAGUAAGUUCUAACUUGAUCCAUUGACGUAGAUCAGCAGCCCAUGUGCUGUCAUUUAGUAGUUUGAGAAAGUGGGCAGUAAUACAUGCAGGUUUUUUUCACUUAUUAAUGUUGAUGCCACUUGCACAUGUUAAAUAUUGACGUCUUGUUUGAUCAUGUUUUUCAACAGCGCAGUUUACAGUUAUUUAACUAUUAGAGUUAGAACCAGUGUUUUCACGUAUUUAUUCACCGUUGUCAAGUCACAAACUAAAACAUGGACAAGAAGGAACGAUUGAAAGGAAGUAAAUGCGUCCUGAAAUGCUUACGCUCAUCACGUACAGGAUCAGGAUGCAUACAGUAAAUAGAAUCACUGGUGUUAAGUAUCCAGGUCAUGUGACAGAGGGGUGAAUGUUGGGCCAAAAUUUCUAAAUCAUUUUUCGCUUCAUUAUAAAUAAAGUCAGCAGUUGUGGCCAUUGCUUUCUGUCACCGCUACUGUACUGAGAUGAUAACCUCACUUUUUUGAUACUUUAUAUCUUGACAUUGUUAGCAUUAAGUACUUUUUCUGUUUCUUACACAAGCUUAAACCUUAUAGCAAAUAUUUUAUGUUAGUGCCAUAAAAAACCAUAAAAGACUGUGUGAAAUUAAGGGAAAUGCCUUUUUUCAUUGCUGUUUGUACCUUAAGUAAAUAAAUACUAGCUUUGAGUUUA